GUCCGCGCGGAGAGUUGGGGAAGCUCCAGCAUCACCGCACUCUGAUCUUUUGAUCCCUCUCCACCCCAGCGAUUCUCGCUCUCAAAUGCUCGUCGCGACGAGCAGGUAAUCAUGCGGCUCCAGGCGGCGCUUCUCCUGGCAUGGUGUGUGCCCUCGUCCUUGGCCUUGUUCGCCGAUGAAGCCUACCACAUCGACUUCCACCAUGCUCUCCUAGGCAUUCCCUCCGCAAAGACGACAUUCUUCCACAAACCCGCUUCCGCUUCGAAUGCUUCCUUGCUGUAUACUCUCUCUGAGAAACUAGUUUUGGGUGCCGUGAAUCCGCGAGAUGGAUCGCUCGUAUGGAGACAGAACCUGACACGGUGGUCCCCCAACGGUGAAGAUGCGGAAGGGUUCCUGCGCGCUGGCAGCGGAGAGAAUACAGUCGUGAGUGCUGCGGGUGCAAAUGUGUAUUCUUGGAACGCUCUAGAUGGCAAGCUCUCGUGGGAGAGUCAGUUUGCAGAUGGGAUUGCGAAAGACCUGGAAUUACUUGAAUUCGAGGACGCUGCGGCGAAACGCCAGGCUCGCGAUGCGAUUACACUCUUCGAAGAAAAGGGCGGGGUUGUACGGAGACUAGAUGGUGCUUCUGGAAAAGUCAAGUGGGAAUACAAGGAUGAGAGUGGUGAUGUGCCGUUCCAGGUUUCCUCAUCCUCUACUGAGAUCUUCUAUAUUUCUUUGCAAUCCGCUCUUCUGAAGGGCUACAAGAUCAAGGUCACCUCUCUCGAUCCGGUGACGGGCCGGCAAAAGGGCCAGUACAUUCUGAGCUCCGAAAACGAUGUGGCUGGUCCGGAUUCCGUUCUCUUCGUCGGUGCGAACAGCGCUUCUCCUCUCAUCGUCUGGGCCGACAAGUCUCAGAAGACUCUGAAGAUCAACAUCAUCGGUUCUAAACAGGUGAACUCCGUCAACAUUGAGAAUACCAGCGGCACGGAAAUCCGAAAGAUCGAGGUCCACGCACCGCACGCUCUUAACUCACUUCCGCAUUUCCUUGUUCACUACGAGACUGAUUCGAGCUCUUGGGCGGAGGUCUACCACACCAACCUCAAGUCUUCGGUGGUGUCCAAGGCAUACAAGCUGCCACAGGUAGCUGAAAAGUCCGUUUUCGCACUGAGCAACAUAGAUGCCAAUGUUUAUUUCACCCGCGUCACGGAGACUGAAAUCAACGUCGUCUCCUCCAGGGAUGAUGCUGUUCUUGGGCGAUGGAUACGCAAGGACCCGAAGCGUGAGCGUGUUCUUCAUGCUGUGUCCGAGGUUGUCACCAAGGGCAACUCAGCGGCUGUCCGCUUCGCUAGUGUCUUCGAAUCUGGCGAUUGGGAAUUGACUCGAAACGGCGAGCGUGAGUGGACAAGAUAUGAAGCCUUGGCCGGUGCGUUGGCAGCCGGCUGGGUGGACAAGAACGACCAAGAGGGCCUUGUGCGUGAGCUUGAAGAGGAAGGUCAUCAGAGCUUGUUGGAGGCGUAUAUCCACCGUGUUAAGCGUCAUGUCAGGGAUCUCGAGCAUCUGCCUGAGUGGCUCCAAGAACUACCAAAGCGCAUCCUUUCCAGCUUGGUGACAGACGAAGUCACUAAUCUCGAUAGCUUUGGCCUGUCGAAGCUGGUUAUCGUUGCAACGGAGAAUGGUCGUCUGUUUGCUAUCGACACUGGAAAGCAAGGUGCUGUCGCAUGGAGCGUUAAAGCUGCUGAGACUGAGAAGUGGAAUGUCAAGGCCAUCGCUACUCAACCCGGCUCUGCCACUGCGUAUGCAGACGAUGGCAGUUCUGUGACGGUGAAUGCAACCUCCGGGGAGAUUAUCUCUCGCACCCCUGCCACUGAAAAGCUGAAAUCUGUCGCGGUACUGAACAUGGGCCUGAACCCUGUGCCGGUUGGUAUCAAGGAAGACGGCGCUCCAGUCGGAUUCCCCACUGAAUCAGGCUUCAUCGUGACCUUGAGCAACGACGGACGAGUUCUGGGCUGGAGCUCAGAGAACCAGGAGACCCCUGUCUGGGAAUUUGUGCCUCCUAGGGGACAGAGAAUCCUUCAUGCGACUGCACGACCUGCGCAUGAUCCGGUGGCGUCUAUUGGAAAAGUCCUUGGCAACCGUUCUGUCUUGUACAAAUACUUGAACCCCAACCUUGCUCUGGUGACGGCAGUGGGCGAUACCUCUGCAUCUUUCUAUCUUCUUGACGGUGUCUCGGGCAAGGUCCUCCACGCGGCCACGCAGACCGGGGUCGACACGACGCAGCCUAUUGCAUCUGUGAUUUCCGAGAACUGGUUUGCCUUCUCUUUCUGGGCAGACACCUCGGAUGGCGAAGAGGCCAAGGGCUACCAGCUCGUGGUCUCCGAACUCUACGAGUCUCCUAUUCCCAACGACCGAGGCCCUCUUGGCUCGUCGUCAAACUACUCGAGCAUCCACGAUCUGGACGCUCCUCCUCGGCCACACGUCAUCUCUCAGGCGUUUGUCAUCCCGGAGCCCAUCUCCCAUAUGGCCGUCACCCAAACUCGUCAGGGCAUCACGAACCGCUUGCUUCUCUGCACUCUGCCCGCCUCCAACGCCAUCGUCGGCAUUCCUCGACCUAUCCUCGACCCGCGUCGCCCUGUCGGCCGCGACCCAACCGCAGCUGAAUCUGAAGAGGGCCUCUUCAAGUACAACCCCUUCCUCGAAUUCGAUGGCCGGUGGUACGUCACCCACGCUCGCGAUGUCUCCGGCAUCCACACCAUGCUCUCCAUCCCGACUCUACUGGAGAGUACGAGUCUGAUCUUCGCGUUUGGCGGCGACGUCUUUGGUACCCGUGUGUCUCCCAGUCAGGCAUUCGAUAUCCUCGGCAAGGGCUUUUCCAAGCUGCAGCUCGUCGCGACGGUGGUUGCCUUGGCAGCCGGCGUGAUCAUUUUGGCACCAAUUGCCCGCGCCAAACAAGUCAACCUCCUCUGGAAGGGAACAUAAGCAGGAAUUCGAAAGAAACAAACAAACGUACUUUUGUUCUCCUUUUCGCUAUCAUCCUCAUAAUGACAUUAUCUAUCCGUAUUGAUUUUAUAUAGACGAGGAAUCAAAUAAAAGAAAAGAAAAGACUAAAUUCAAGAGAGUAAGUUAUACUUUAACUUAAGCCUAUUAGUCAAAUAAUUUA